GAUUGGAAGGACAAGAGACAAAUGGAGUCCCCAUGUGUAAUAAAACCAACCCUUGGUGGACCCAUGAGUUUGAGUCAUUAUUGGGGUUGGUAGGCCCUGCGGUCCGGUGGUGCGAAGGAAACGACCAAAUGCAACAUGAAGUGGGUGGAGUGACCAGGGGGAGAGAGAAGUGGAUUUCUUCUAAUCUUGGAGCACCAAACGUCCAAGCGUGCAGACAAGCAAAUUCGAAUAUAUAAAUAUCCGCUAGCCUGGCGUCUAUAUCUUCGACAUCUUCCCUUCUCCACCUCUUCACUCUUCUGUAAUGGCUUCUCUUUCCUCUGCCUUGUGUUAUUUGUAUUUCCUCUUCCUAUUUCUCGCACUUGUUUGUGAAUGCUCGCGAGGAAAAUUUGAAGCCUAUCAUACUAUCGAUAUUCAGACUUUGCUGCCACGCGACGUUUGCUCCUCAACUGAAGCUUCGCCGAGACCGAGUCGAGCGAGUUUGAAAGUCGUUCACCGGCACGGCCCAUGCUCGCCUCUCCAUCUCAAACAAAGCCCCGACCACAAGCAAAUACUCGACAGGGAUCAAUCUCGAGUCAACGCAAUCCACACUCGAACCACAGCCAGUACUCUGCAAGCCAACGCCGCCAAUUCUAUCCCAGCCCACACCGGCGACUCUCUCGGCACCGGCAAUUACGUCGUCACCGUCGGCUUCGGCACCCCCAGGAGGGACCAGUCCGUGAUCUUUGACACCGGCAGCGACGUCACAUGGAUCCAAUGCCGGCCAUGUCCUUCUUGCUACCAGCAACGAGAGCCACUGUUCGACCCCUCCCACUCCUCCACCUACGCCAACAUUUCUUGUAGCUCCUCCUACUGUUCCGAUCUGGACCUCUCCAGUUGCACCUCCUCAACUUGCGUCUAUGGGGUACAAUAUGGCGAUAACUCCUACACCACAGGAUUCUGGGCCCAGGAUACCCUCACCUUGACGUCCUCCCAGGUGCUGCCAAAUUUCCGGUUCGGGUGCGGCGAGAACAACGAUGGCCUCUUCGGCGAGGCCACCGGGCUACUUGGCCUCGGCCGCGAGAAGGUGUCCAUAGUGUCGCAGGCGUUUCAAAAAUUUGGCGGCGUUUUCUCCUACUGCCUCCCAUCCACCUCGAGUUCCACCGGCUACUUGACUUUUGGCGGCGGUUCCAUAUCCUCCAAUGUGAAGUUCACACCGAUGCUGACGGAUCCAACGACACCAUCAUACUACUACCUUGAUCUUGUAGCCAUAUAUGUCGGUGGGCAGCGGCUCUCGAUAUCGCCGACGGUGUUCUCCGAUGCCGGGACGAUUAUAGACUCCGGGACGGUCAUCAGCAGGCUCCCGCCUGCGGCCUACUCUGCCCUCCGAUCGGCAUUCCGGCAAUUGAUGUCGAGAUACAAGUCGGCGCCGGCACUUGAGAUACUGGAUACAUGCUAUGACUUCAGCGGAUACAGUCAGGUCAGUAUACCAACGGUGGCGUUGCAGUUCGGCGGUGGGAUCACCACCAUUUUGGAUGGCUCGGGAAUACUCUACGUGGCAAGCCAGUCGCAGGCUUGCCUUGCAUUCGCCGGAAAUAGUGAUGCCAAUGAUGUGGGCAUCAUAGGGAAUGUGCAACAGAGGAAGUUCAAUGUAGUCUAUGAUGUCUCAAAGAAGGCAAUUGGAUUUAGUCCAAAUGGUUGUUAGUUUGAAAAUCUGGUACAUUAAGUUCUCAAUUGUAAUAAGACAACCGGUUAACUAAAUGACUGGAAGAUGCAAGGAUCACAAAGGAUUUAUUAAAGAAUAAAAGCAAAAGUGGGUUUCAA